AUGAUAGUAAUUUUACCAUUAAUUUCUCUGAUAAAAUGUCAGAGUAAUGAUGGUUCUGUUUUGAAGAAAAAAGCAUGUGAUAGAAUGGCUAAUUUAGUAUCCACUUUUAUAACAUGUCAACAAUUAAUAUCUAUACUUGAUCAAGCUAGUGGUUUAAUAGCUGAUGGUACUGAUUUAAAUACAACUGUUUCAGAAAUGACAUCAAUUAUAUUGGGAUCAUUGACUGCAUCUCAAAAUGUUACAGCAAUAACUAAAGGAGCACCUCUAGUUUUUUCUCUUGGAAUUUCUGGUAUUCAAAAAGCUAUUUCAACAUUGAUUACUGUUAUGACGGAUAAUUUAAUGCCACUUGGAGAGCAGUUAGAUUCCCUUGCAAAAAUGUGGAUUGAUGAUAGUAUGCCAAGAAAUGUAAUUGUAAAUCAGCUUUAUUACUAUGGUUUGUCAUUUGUUACCAAAAAACGUAUUGGAACUUUAUUCAAAAGAUACAAGAAUGCUGUUGGUGAUAAAAGUUUUGCUUCAAUAAAAUCUGCACUCAAUUCAUUGAUAAAAUUCAACUUAUAUACAUAA